UGGGUGUGCGCGUGUGCGGGCGUGUGUGUGUAUGUGGAGGCUGCUGCGUGUUGACACACAGGGCAAAGUUUACUGCCAAGUCUGGAUUUCACAUCCAUCUCUGCGCCAGGACGCGCAGACGGGCUUCAGCAGCGCGCAGAAUGUAGCCGCAGUUUGUUGCGCUCAUUCUGCCCUCCCAGGUGCCCUCCUCCUGCUUUACUGCCCUCUCUGCACCGAGCCGUCCGCCGGUGACCCGCCGGAACCAGCCGCCAUGGGGAAUCUGGGCUGCCACCGCUCCAUCCCCAGGGACCCCACUGACCUCAGCUGCGGGAAGCGCAAAUUCAGCGCCGCGUGCAAUUUCAGCAACAUCCUGGUCAACCACGAGCGGCUCAACAUCAACACCGCCACCGAGGAGGAGCUCAUGACUCUGCCGGGAGUCAACCGCUCCGUUGCGCAGAACAUCGUGGAGUACCGGGACUGCAUCGGCGGCUUCAAGAAGGUGGAGGACCUCGCUCUGGUGAGCGGGGUGGGCGCCACCAAGCUGGAGGCGAUCAAGCUGGAAAUCUGCGUUUCCUCCAGGACCAACUCCUCCCAGCAUUCCCCGUCGUCGCUGCGCAGAGACGUGGAGCACCAGCCCUGCACCGGCCUCAACAUCAACACGGCCACCGCGGCGCAGCUCAUGAGCAUCCGCGGCCUGACGGAGAAGAUCGUCAGGAACAUAGUGGCCUACAGGGCGGAGCACGGGCCGUUCCGGAGCAUCGAGGACCUGGUGAGGGUCAGUCACGUCAACAGCUCGCUGCUGGACAAAAUCCGCUUCCAGGUGUACGUGGAGCGCUCCAGGGCGCCCUCCACCAACACCAAUGGAGGACUGACCGGCACCACAAAGUCCCAGCCGAGCCCCACUUCAUUCAGUCUGAAAAGUGACGACCUGGACCUUCCUCCGGGUGGGCCGGCGCAAAUCAUCUCGGUGCGCCCGAACGUGGAGCCUCCGCUCGGGCUGCGGGACGGGAAGCCCGCGGUGCGCCUGGCGACGUGGAGCCUGCAGGGCUGCUCCUGUGAGAAGGCCAACAACCCGGGGGUCAGGGAGGUGGUGUGCAUGACCCUGCUGGAGAAUGAGAUCAAGAUGGUGGCCGUGCAGGACCUGGUGGAGCGGGAGGCCCUGGAUAAGUUCUGUGUGGAGUUGAACCAAGGAAACCUGGCCAGCGUACGGACGUGGAAAUGGCCCCGAGGCGUGUGGAAAAGCAUCGUUUCUGAGAAGCCCACUGGACGCUCCAGCAAGGGAGCGAGUUACUCUGGCUUUCUGUGGGACAGCUCAUCUGGAAUUGAUCUGAAGGAUGCUGUGGUCCUCGACCAUCCUGUCGUCAACGGCAACGGAAAUCAUGCACACCCUCAGCUGUAUCUGGCGCACUUUUUAGUUGGUUCUGUGGAGCUGACGGUGGUGAGCGUCCACAUGCAGACCACCGCCUCAGCAGGAGAGUCCAGCAGUAAAACCCACCAAUCAGGUGAAGACAAGGGGCAACACCUCUUUCCCAGCAUCCAGGAAACACUCAGAGGUGAGAAGGAGCUGGUCGUACUGGGACACUUUGGCUCGUCACCACAAAGCUCUGAGUUCGACGUCCUGAGGAAGGAGAAGCUGUGUCCUCUGGUACCGUCCAGCCAGUUCACUAACAUUAGCACCCGCUGCCCUCAGGGCACGCUGUGCCUGGACAACAUCUGGAUCAGCCGCUCCCUCAAGAAGAUCUACUCAGGUCACUGCAUGGUGGUGCGGGAGGGCUUGACUAAUCCCUGGAUCCCAGAUAACUGGUCGUGGGGAGGCGUGGCGUCAGAUCACUGUCCAGUGGUGGCUGAGUUCUACAUCGACCUGUCUUCUAAGGAGAUGAGCAGGCCUGCCAUGGCGGCGGUGGACAGAGACAUGAUGCCUAAACACGAGCGAUGACAGUGGUCACGGUUAAGAUGGCGAGUGGGCGGGCCAUCUGGGUGGAUGGACCCUGCUGGAGCACAGCUUCCCCAUGAAUGUGAAGAAGUGCAGAGACGCCUUCUGAGUUUCAAUAUCUAUCCUAGUAACUGCUAAGUCAUUAAGCCAUAAAAAUGUUCAAGUAUAUGUAGACAAUGUACUUUAAGAAGAAAUGUGCCAAGCAUUUUCUAUGUGUAAAUAAAGAGAAAUGAUUAGAUCUUUAUAUUA